AUGGUUGCACUGAUCAAGAACAAGCUCCGCCCCCCACACCCCGACAACCUCAAAGAUUCCCAAUUUGGGAUUCUCGCUUUCGAAACCGCCAAAACCAUGUCCAGAUUGAUCUCUCUCUACAAAUCCCUCUCCGACCCCCAAAUCUCCACGCUCACCAACCACCUCCUCACCUCCAAAGGCCUCGCCUUCCUCAAUUCCUCCGACCACCACUUCCUCCUCACCCUCGCCUGGGCCGAACGCCUCGAAGAUCUCGACUCCGCCGCCGCCGCCGUCGCCAGAAUCGCCAAGAGAUGCAACGACUUCGCCCUCAGCCGCUUCGACGUUUUCUACCGGGAUUUGAAAUUAGGGUUUCUGCGUUUCCGGAAACUGCAUUAUGGAUCCAAAGCAGCCGAUAAGAAGAUCAGGAAAAUGGAGAAAUUGGUCGAAACGACGUCGUCUUUGCACUCGGCUCUGGAGACUCUGACGGAGAUGGAGAUUUCUGAGAGGAAGUUGAACCAGUGGAAGAAGACGACGACCAGACCGACGGAGACUGUGCAGAACGAAAGCAUCCUUCUUUUUUACCAGAAAUUGCAGAAUCAGCGCCGGCAAGUUCGACAUUUCCGGGAGAUCUCGCUUUGGUCAAAAUCUUUUGAUAAAAUCGUUGAUAUGAUGGCAAGGAUUGUCUGCGUUGUGUACUCGAGGAUCUCCAUGGUUUCCGGCCAUGGAAGGAAGCUCUCAAUUUCUGAACCUGUUAGGGAAAAUCUCGUCCCUCAUUCGGGCCCGAUUAUGCCGACUUCGAAGAGGACCAUCGUGCGGUUUUACAGCCGGCGCGUGGACGAGCCGAGGGCUGUAGCGGCGCCGGCGACCAAUAAGGUGUUCCACUCCGCCGGAGAAUGUACGGUCGGCGGAUCGGGAUUGGCGCUGCGUUACGCCAACGUGAUCCUUUUAGCGGAGGAGUAUUUGAAUUCCACGGCGGCGAUAAGCCACGACGAUCGGGAAUCGUUGUACCAGAUGCUGCCGGAGAAUCUGAAGACGGUGGUUGGGGCGAAGCUGAGCAGGAACAUGAGGCACGCCGGCGCCGGCGCCGACUUGUCGCUGGCGGAGGGGUGGAGGGACGCUAUGGUGGAGAUGAUGACGUGGCUGGCGCCGGUGGCGCGUGACACGGUGGCGUGGCAGAUGGAGAGGAACGUGGAGAAGAUGAAGAUGGGGGCGAGGACGAGUGAGAGUGAUAAUGGGAAUGAGAAACCCUCGGUGCUUCUGGUGCAGACUCUGCACUUUGCCGAUAAGGAGAAGACGGAGGCCGCCAUUGCCGAGGUGCUCGUCGGACUCAGCUGCAUUUUCAGAUUCGAGAAUCGCCGGCCGAUUUAG